AUGGACACCGCCAUCGGUGCCGCAAAGUGGGUGCUGGGCAAGGCGCUGGCCCCCGUCACGGAUGGCUUGCUGGAGGCCUGGGCGGCUAGCGCCAAUCUCGAUCACAACAUCGACGCCCUCAAGAUGGAGCUGCUGUAUGCGCAUGGGAUGCUCGAGAACGCGCAGGGCAGGGGCGUCCGUGGCGUCGCGCUCAAGGAGCUCCUGCGCAAGCUCGAGCAGCUGGCGUACGGGGCAGAUGAUGUGCUGGAUGAGCUGGAGUACUUCCGCAUCCACGACGCCCUUCAUGGAACCUACCAUGCCGCCGACGUGAAUGCCGUGGGUUCCGUCCAUGCCAUCCGCAUCAAUGCUGAACACACGGCAAGGCAUGUCACCAGCAAACUCUUGGGUGCUCCUAGCCAUGGUGGUGACCAAGAAAGUGAUCCUAGUGAUCACCAAGAAAGUGAUCCCGGUGAACACCAAGAAAAUGAUGGCAAGCAACGAUGCCUCUCUGGCAUACGCUUGUGUGGCAGGCGGGGCAUCAGCUCCUCGUCACCGACGCCCGCCAACAAGGGGGGUGUCAAGAAGGUUGAUGGCAGAUGCAUGCCCAAGGUCAUCUCAAGUGCUCGCAACGCUGCCCACACAUUCGGUAAACACUUUCCAUGCUACUCUCCUAUAUCUGCCCACCAUGAUAAUCCUCAAGCCCAUGUGACUGUUCAAACCAAAAAUGAUGAUCCUCAAGCUAUCAUGCCGGAGCUUGCAAACCAUAGCGAUUGCGAAGAAUUGAAGUUUAAUAGGGUCCAAAUGUCUCAAAUGAUGAUGGACAUGGUAGUGCAGCUAAAGGAAGUAUGUGCUAAGGUCUCCAUAAUUCUUAAUCUAAAUUUGUUGGGCUCCAACUGCACUCACACCAAAGAAAUUGCUAUAAACAGAUCCAAAACCACAUCAGAGAUUGUAGAACCUGAUUUUUACGGGAGGGAUGACCAAAAGAAGAAAAUUGUAGAUGUCAUUAAUAGUCACGAGUACUCUUUCAGUCAACUUAACGUGCUUCCAAUUUUUGGAAUUGGGGGUAUUGGAAAAACAACUUUUACGCAACACAUAUGCCAAGAAAUGAGUAGCUAUUUCCAGGCUUCAAUUUGGGUAUGUGUCUCUCUUGAUUUCAGUGCAGAUAGGUUGGCACAAGAGAUAGUCAACAAAAUCGCUAAAGUUGAUGGUGAAAAGAAGAAUGCUAGUGCCGAAGAACUUAUCCAACAAAGAUUAAAAGGUAAGAGGUUUUUACUCGUCUUGGAUGAUAUGUGGACAUAUCGAGAGGAUGAGUGGAAAAAACUAAUAGCACCUUUGAAAAAGGUUGAGUCCAAGGGUAAUUUCAUUAUAGUCACAACUCGAAUACCAAUGGUAGCAGAAAUGGUUAAGACAACCAAUUGUGAACUAGAACUGGAAAGACUAGAUGAUGCAGAUACCAUGCGUUUCUUUGAAGCAUGUGUAUUUGGUAAUGAGCUAGAACCAUGGGGAAAACAUCCUGCUGCAUUACAUGAAACUGGUCAUGAAGUAGUGCGCCAUUUGAAAGGUUCCCCUCUUGCAACUAAAACUGUAGGUAGAUUACUACGAAACCAACUUACUUUGGACCAUUGGAAAAGAGUUCUAGAAAGCAAAGAAUGGGAAUUAGAAACCAGUGAGAGUGACAUCAUGCCAGCCCUCAAACUUAGCUAUGAUUUUCUCCCUUUCCAUUUAAAACAGUUGUUUGUGUAUUGUGCUUUAUUUCCCGAAGAUUACGAAUUUGAUACCAAGGAGUUAGUUCAAUUGUGGAUAGGACUAGGUAUUUUGCAUCCAUUUGACCAGAAUAGAAGAACUGAAGAUGUUGGACUAGACCAUUUGCAUGAGUUGGUCAAUUACGGAUUUUUCAAAAAAAACAAAAAAGAAGAUGGUCGUUAUUUUUAUGUUGUUCAUGAUCUAUUGCAUGAAUUGGCCACAAAGGUAUCGUCAGAUGAGUGUGUUAGCAUAUGUAGUUCUAAUGUCAGGUCCAUACACAUCUCCCCAUCUGUACGUCACUUAUCCAUAAUUGUAGAUGAUAAAGAUGUUGAUGAUAGAAUGACUUUCGGUGACUAUAAAGAUGAUUUGAGUGCAUUAGGGAAAAGAUUAAAAGUUGAAAACCUACGUACUCUGAUGGUGUUUGGGCGAUACCAUGGUAGCUUCACGAAGACCUUUGCUCAUCUAUUUAAAAAAGCUAAAGCCCUUCGUACUAUUUUUCUAUCUGGAGCAUCAUACUCUAUAGAGGACAUUCUGCAUAAUUUUUCAGAAACCAUCCAUCUUCGUUACCUAAGGAUCGAGCCAAGCGAUGAUAGAUGCAACAUCGACUUACCGAGUAUGUUGUUCAGAUUUUAUCAUCUAGAGAUAAUAAAUUUUGAAAAGUGGAACGACCCUGUUUCAAUAAAACAUAUCACCAACCUGGUAAAGCUUCGUCAUUUUAUUGUGCCAGAAAAUAUGCCUCAAGUUCAUUCUGACAUAUCUGAGGUGGGAAAACUUAAACUGCUUUCAGAAUUAAGAAGAUUUCAAGUUCGAAAUGAUUGUACUGGUUUCGAAAUAAGUCAGCUCACGCAGUUAACAGAGUUGGGAGGGUCACUUGGCAUCUAUAAUCUUGAAAAGGUGCCAAAAAAGGGGGGCCGGGAUAAGGAAAUAAGACCAAUACAUAGGAACCACUUGCGUGAACUAACAUUAGAGUGGGAUGUGGAACGAUCUAACAGGGAACCAACAAGAGAAGAAAAUGUUAUUGAAAAUCUUGUACCACAUAGUGACCUUCGAGAUCUGUGCAUUACAGGACACGGAGGUACUAGUUGCCCAAGAUGGCUAGGUGAUAACCUCUUGGUCAAAAAUUUGGAAUCUCUUCACUUGGCUAAUGUAUCUUGGAAAACUUUUCCACCAUUAGGAGAGUUCUGGUCGGUCCAUGAGCCCCAUGGUGAGUGCAAGGGUUGCAUCGCAAGCCCAAGCUUUCAAAAAAAUUGUCUCAAAAAACAAGGCUUUCAAAAUUUGAAAAGGCUAGUGUUUGUUAAGAUACCAAAACUGAAAAGGUGGGCUGGAAAUCAAAAUUGUGGCUUCUUCCUCCACCUGGAAGUGGUCAUUAUUGAAGACUGCCCUGAACUUAUAGAGUUGCCGUUUUCAUGUUCUACUUGCUCUCAGCCAGAGCAGGAAGGAGAGAACAUGACUUGGUUCCCUAGACUAAGAAAGCUCAGGAUUGUAGGAUGCCCAAAGCUGAGGACAAUGCCUGCUAUCCCCUGGACUGAUAGUCUAUGCUCCAUUGAGAUAGAACAAACAGGCUCAAUUGAGGAGCUCACUUACUCAGAACCAAAAUUAAGUUUGGACAUUUACGCAGCGGAUGGUACAAGUAGCUUGUUUCCGAAAGAGUUGGCUUUCUGUAAUUUGAGUGCACUAAAAAUAUUGAAUCUACACAAUUGCCCUCCUUUGCCGUUGGAUAAAAUCCAAAUGCUAACAUCUCUGCGGGAGCUCACUAUAAGUGGUCGGUCGAGUAUUGUCCUGUCUCCAGUCGGAGGCGAGGGCCAUGUCCUGUGCCAGGUUCCAGUUGAAAACCUCACAAUUUAUGGAAGUGGUGCUAGCGGGAAAGAAUUGACUCAACUGCUCUCUCAUUUUCCGAAGCUCACCGGCCUGGCCAUAUAUGAUUGCGAAAAGAUAACAGAACUUGGUGUGUCAGAGCGGCAGAGUGGAGCACAGCAGCAAGAGACAAAAGAAGAGGAGGAAAUAGUGGCGACGGCAGAAGGAGGACUGCUGCUCUUGCCUACCCAACUACAGAAGCUGAUAGUCGAAAAUUGCCAUGAGCUGAGAAUAGUCCCCAAUUUAGGGGGCGACAACAACGAAGCAGCAGGAGGUCUCCAGCGUCUACACUCCCUCCGCCAAGUGCGCGCAGGUUGCCCCAAGUUGCUUUUCUCCUAUUCGGGCUCGAGCUCCUCGUCUUGUUUCCCUUUCCCGGCCUCCCUUGAAAAACUCUGCCUAUCCAAUCUUAAAGAAUUCAACAAUCUGGCCCUCACAAACCUAUCCAACCUGGAAGAACUCGAGCUUUGGGGCAUGGAGGACCUCACAAACCUAAGCGUCAGCCGUUCCUCAAAACUACAUACCCUAUCCAUAUAUAACUCCCCAGGAGUUCUUCCUGUGUCCAUCUGCAGCCUCAUCUCCACCUCUCUCACCAAAUUGAGCAUUUAUGGUUGCAAAGAGGUGGAGCCCAUCCCAGGAGAGGCCCUCCUGGUUCUCACCUCCCUCCAAGAGCUCGCAUUUGGUUACUGCCAGAAAUUGCAGUUCCUCCCUGCAGGACUACAUACACUUGCCAGCAUCAACUACUUGUGUAUCUUUGAAUGCACAUCCCUCCAGUCGCUGCCCAAGGACUGCCUCCCGAGUUGUCUGCAGAGAUUACAGAUCUCCAAUUGUCCUGAGCUGGAAUUGCUUCCCACUUUUUCGGACGGCCUCCGAACUUCUCUGCAAAAAUUGGAGAUCGCGAAUUGUCCUGCCAUAAAAUCAGUGCCCAAGGACGCCCUCCCGAGUUCUCUGCAGGAAUUACUGAUCCGGGAGUGUCCUGAAAUCAAAUCGCUUCACAAGGAUGGGCUUCCCAAAUCCCUGCGAGCACUACAUGUCCGUGAUUCCGAAAGCGAGGAGCUUAAAAGGCAGUGCCGCAGCUUGAUAGGGACAAUUCCAGUAAUCAUGGCCUGA